AUGGUUAUGGCACCGACUGCGUGUGUUUCGACUGCUGAAGUAUGCACCUUCAUAAAAGACUAUAACAAUUGUCUUGAUCAUCACGGUCUCAGCAGUCAUGGCGGGGACAACAAUUUGUUGCAAGCGUCGUUGGCUGCCAAGGAAUUGGUUCUGGAUGUGUUGAAGAAACGGGCGGCGGAGGUGGAUGUGGACGAUUGUGCUCCUGGAGAGGAGGAUGCUUUCUAUGUGGCGGAUAUGGGGGAGGUCUACCGCCAGCAUAUGCGCUGGAAGAUGAAUUUGGGCCGUAUCAAGCCCUUUUAUGCUGUCAAGUGUAACCCCGACCCGGAAGUCCUCCGGCUCAUGGCUCAGCUUGGUAACGGUUUCGACUGUGCUUCCAAGUCUGAGAUCGAACUCGCCCUUCAGACGGGCAUCGAUCCCAGCCGCAUUAUUUACGCGCAGCCCUGCAAGACCAAAUCUUACCUGCGCUACGCCUCCCAAGUCGGCGUAAAGCAAAUGACCUUCGACAACGCCGAUGAGCUGUACAAGAUUAAGGCCACUUUCCCUGAGGCGGAACUCUACCUCCGCAUUUUGACCGACGACUCGACCAGUCUCUGCCGACUGAGCAUGAAGUUCGGUGCUUCCAUGGAUCAAGCUCGUCCACUGCUUGAACUCGCCUAUCAAUUGGGUCUCAAGGUUGUUGGCGUGAGCUUCCACGUCGGAUCCGGCGCCGAGGACCCCCGGGCCUUCCUCAAAGCCGUGCAAGACGCGCGCACGGUCUUCGACAACGCAGCCGACAUCGGCCACGAGCUCCACACUCUGGACGUUGGCGGCGGUUUCUGCCAGGACACCUUCGAGAAGUUUGCGGGCAUUCUCGGCGAAGCCGUGGACACCUACUUCCCGCCCAACAUUCGCAUCAUCGCCGAGCCCGGUCGCUACUACGUAGCCACUGCUUAUACCCUGGCCGCGAAUGUCAUCGCCCGACGCGACAUCCCGAACCCCGAGGAUGCCUCCCGCGAUGCUUACAUGCUCUACUUGAAUGAUGGCGUCUACGGCAAUUUCUCGAACAUCAUCUUCGACCACCAGCACCCAGUUGCCCAGAUUCUUACCUGUGCCUCGGACGGCUCCCAGCCUGGUUCUCCGAACUCUGCGACUUCGGACAACGUCACUUAUUCCAUCUGGGGCCCGACUUGCGACGGCAUCGAUGUCAUCUCUCAGCGCAUUGAACUGCCUGGGCUGCUGAACACCGGUGACUGGCUCUACUUUGAAGAAAUGGGAGCCUACACCAGGUGCAGCGCUACUCGCUUUAAUGGUUUCUCCGAUAACCACGAGGUGAUCUACAUCUCGAGCGAGACUGGUGCUUCCGCCCUGCUCAACUACUAG